AUGGAUAGUCCAUUGGUAUCACCGGCCAAGGCCCGCCAGGCUGCCAUUCAAGCUAAAGAUUGGGCCUACAUCAACUCUUGGCUCAACCGGCAAUACGCACCCAAACCAGUGCCUCAAUUUGAGCGCAAUGAAGAUACACUUCGUGUGCUCCUGACUCUGGCUGCAUCCAAUGAUUCUGCCGACGAGGAAGCCGCUCUCCAACAACGAGCGCGUGAAGAAGCGGUGCAUGCCUACAAAGUGCGGGAGGAGUUUGAACGCAAAGACCCCCACGAGAAGCAAAAGAAUCAGCUUCUAAAUGAAGUGGAAAUGUGCCUUGAUGACAAGGGGAGGCGCGACCUAGAAGACCUGGCGGACUCUGCGGCAGCUCUUGGCAAUACUCUUGAUCCCAACCUGGGGGACCUGGGUCAGUCAAUUGUGGAGCUCACGGUGGAGGAAUUUGAGGCCCAGGCUCAAUUGACAAAAGUCGAUACUUUACAUCAGUAUCUUCAGCAGGAGCUUGCGCGGCUACAGGCGGAGCUUAAGGAGCUUAAAACCGAUACAGCAUAUGAGAUACCUUCUGAUACGCAACGUUUGACAUCCGAGUGGAUACGCGGGACAAAGACGCUUGGAGUUAAGGUUGGGGAGUACCAAGAUCGUAUUGCUUCGCUUGAAAGGGUCCAGCCCCAUGGUCCGACUAUUGAGGAGCUUAUGGCUGAGGAGGAGAGCUUGUCUCGGCUGCAGGAGACGGUCAAAUCACUACAGGGCAGGGUGAAGGCGUUCCACGAUCUUCCCAAAGAUUUCUCAGGGGCACGAGCAAAAUAUAAAGAGCUAGAGCGACAACUUGGACAGCUCACGCGGCAGCGGGAUUCAAUGUUGACAAGCUAG